AGACAGGCCUCAAUGACUCGGAUUAGAGAGGAGAGGAAAACUCUGCUGCUGCUCCAUGAUCGAAGAUCUACAAAACAUUCAGUUCAGAUUCACAGAAAUCAUCAAUCUCAUCUGAUCAGGGGUCAAUAUUCAGGUGCAGAGAUGAAGGUGAACACGGUCUGAGCUGAGAUAUUCAGGCUCUCCCCCAAAUCUGCAACAACAUGCCCGAAAAUGCGCUAAACCAAAAUCCAAGAACGGAGCCUGAACACAUCCUCCCAGGUAACCGUCCACCUGAAUCCGCAGCCUGUUCACGGAGCAGCGGGGAAAAAACCUCCACGGUCGGCCGAGGCGUUUCCCCGGAGAAAGUGUCCGCCUGCUGGGACUGAAAGAUGGGGCUAAAGGAGGAGGCAGCAUCCCUCCUUCCCUCCUCCACCUCCUCCUCCCCCGGCCCUCUUUGUGCGGAGGACGAUUUUUGGAUCAGUCCUCCUCACAUCCGCGACACCGACCACCAUCUCGGUACCGUUCACGGUGUCUCUGCCGCCGCUUACCUUCGUCCUCCUCCGGGCCGGGUCCUGUGCUCUGGUAGUCGGACUGGAUCCUGUUGCUUUAGGCCCCUGGAACACGGCGGGGUUGGUGCUGCUGCUGCUGCUGCUGCUGGUGGUGGUGUUGGUGCUGAGGAGAAGCCCCUUGCUGGUUACCGUGUGGUUGACGCAUUCGGCUCUGAUGAUGAUGAUGAUGUGAGGGCAUUUGUGUUGGAGCUCCAGGUGCGCUCUAGCGGCCGGACGAGGGAACUACAGCGAGGCGCGGGAGAGAGCCACAUUCUGGAGGAGGAGCUGUCCACGACCACCACCACCACCACCUCCUCCACGGUGCUGCUGAGGGGAUCCCGAACAUCCCGACACGGAACAUCCAGGUAAACAGACACAGAUGGGACACGCUGCGUGGGUUUGCGUGUUUUUAGAGCUAAAACUGAUGCAUGGCGAGGACGUGUUUCUGCGUGUUGUCCCGUGAUGGGUGGGUGUUUGCGCUUCCACGGAAUGCGGACAUUAAACAUGAGCCGGGCUGAGCUCGGAAUGCUGCAGCAGAACCAGAACCGACACAGGGGGGGCCCACGGGUCUGCAGCUCAUCCUGGGGGGACAGGGUUUAUGGUUUAUAGAGACUGGAUCUAAAGGGGGGUUUGUGGUCACGGUGCGUGUUAUUGAUGGAGACUGCGAAAAGAAACGGAGUUCCCUCCCACCUCAGGGCGUGCACGUGCGCGUACACAUGCACGUACUCACAGAUGCGCAGAUCAUAGUUCACAGUUUUUAAUGACGUCAAGUCAGUAUGGAAGUCAGUCUGUGCCAUCUGACUUUGAGUUUGCAUUUCUAAAAUUGAAAUUUUUUUUGCAUCAGAAUCAGACUUUGGAUUUCAAAUCCAUCAAAUUUCAAGCCCGUAUUUUGAUUUCAUACACUAAUUUCUUUCACAAUGAUGAAAUAAAUCCAGUGUAAAAAAAAAAAAAAAUUCUCAAAUUAUUCCUUUAGUGAAAAUUCGACUUAAAACAGACAGCGUAAAACAGACAGACUCAACAUCCGGGUAACCACAGAGAAGCGAAUCAAUUUGAAUCAAUUAGUGAUCCAGCCAAUCAAUCAGUUAUUAGAUUGGUCAUGUGACACCGACCCCAGAGGAAGAUUGGAUCCAAUCGAUCGCUUCUCCCUGAUGUUGAGUUGUUCUAUUUUACACUAAAUUUUAUUCACACUGAAUUAUUUGACACUUAUUUUUUUUACGUUUUUUUUUUAACCUUUUUUUGAAGUCGAAAUUUUACUAAACGAAUAAUUUGAGAGGCCGAUUUUUUUUUACACUGAACUUAUUUCAUCAUUGUUAAAAAAAUUAGUGUAUGAAAUAAAAAUACGAGCUUGAAAUUCGAUGGUUUUCAAAUUCAAAGUCUGAUUUUGAUGCAAAAAAAUUUCAGCUUUAGAAAUUUAAAUUCAAAGUCAGAUGGCACAGAUUGACUUCCAUAGUCCCCUGACACACACACACACACACACACACACACAGUACUUGAUCAAAUUGAGUGCAAAUCAAUUUCUCGGAUGUCCUACAGGACAGCGCCGGCUCUGCUCUGUUAUCUUCUGCUUCUUUAUUGGAGGUCGUAAAAUCUGCGUUGAGAUUGAGAUCAACACAUGAAACACACAGACAUGCAGCUUUUUGUCCACUCUGCAGUUUGCUGAAGAAGUGAUCUGACCAUGAGAGUCGGUCCCUGGAUGUUUGGGUGUCAGACUCACUGAUGGACUGAACUCAGAUCAGCUCUGAACUUCAUUUUGUGGAUUAGACAUAAAAAGGAAUCAGGCUGAUGAGAGUUAAAUUUUCAGAGAGGGCGAACAGCCAACAGGGACAGUCUGUGCUCCUCCUGUGGUCUUAGAGGAAAACCUAAACAGGAAAUAAAGAGAGGAAAGGACAAAGAGUGCAGAUUAAAGUCUUAACUUCAGAGCAAUGCCUGCUGGGAGCUGCAGCUACAUCUGCAGUGAGUGUGACCAAAGAACAAGGGGUCUGAGAUCAGGAUUUAUGUAACACCACGGAGCAAGCGAGCGGCAACUAACAACCAAUAAGAUGGAGCAGUAAGCUGUCUGUAAGGAGGCCGAGAACCGCCACUGAUACAAACGUGGACCAAACAGUGUCCAUGGAUACAGGUGGCACCAUCUCAGAUACAACUAAACAACAGAGUGGGUUUAAACAACAUCAAAUAUGUAGGUAUUCAUAAACCACCUUCAUUAGAAAAACCAUUUCAACUACAAAAGAUUCAUGUAUAAUAUCAGUAAGGACUUCGAUCGAUGGUCAAUACUGCCCCUUUCUCUACUGGGCCACACUGAGAGUGUUCGUAUGAAUGUGCUGUCUAAAUUAUUAUAUUUAUUUCAAAUGUUACCUGUUGACAUCCUAAAACCACAUUUGACAAACUGGACAAACUAAUCUCAAUAUUUAUGAAGGUGCUACAGUUAUCUGCAGCAAAGGGAGAGAUCAAACCACCUGAUCUGAGAAACCGUUCAUAAUCUGGAUCCAGGAUCUUGCGUAAACACACUGGCUCAAUAUUGAAAAGAGUUUAUGUGAACGACCUUUACAGGCUCUGCCAUUCUUAGAUCUCUAUCCAAGUAACAUAAAUAUGGGAGAUUGGACUAAAAUCACAUUAAAUAUAUGGAAGGCAAUAAAAUCUGGAUUUGGGCUGCCUAAAACUACUUCAGCACUUACAGACAUUGGAUAUAAAAACGACUCUGUGCCCUCUAAAUCAGAUACAGGCUUCAGGAAAAGGUCCAAGUGUGGACUCUCCGAUCAACAUCAACUCCACAAUGAUGGAAACUUUCUAUCGUUCACACAGCAAGAGGAAUUUCAGAUACAAGCAUGUUUUCUCAGAUACGUAUGUCUGCAGUGUUUGACUUCUGUAGUCCAAGUGCAUGCUGGGAUAGAUUGUGGCUCCCUGUGACCCUGAAAGAGACUCAGGUCCAAUCCCAAACCGCCUCCUUCACACUCGGCCUUCACUACCGAGUGUCACUCAUAAUGAAGUCACACUCACAGCUGUGAAGUGCGCCUCAAUCGAAAUGGGAGGGUACGAACAAGACGGGCGGGUUUGGGACGCCCUCCUCACUCCACCGGAACACGGAAAGAUUCAUCGCCAUAGCAACACAAAGACGCGUCCUGUGCAUGGCAGCGUUAAUUUUCUUAGUAAACGGACAUCAUGUUCAGUUCUGAUCCGGCUCCCUCGUUUCUUCAUCCUCCCAGUAAAAUCAUAAAUCCAGGAACCAUCACAGAGACAGGAACUAAAUUAAACUUCUGAUGGUUGGUGACUCCACACGACUUUGAACCCCUUUACUAUUGGACAUGAGCCUGACCAAUCAAAUGUCAGCUCAGAGGAAGAUUUCGGAGUUUCAUUUGAUCUUUCCGAACCACGUCUUUGUCAGUGAGACAAAGGUGGACACAAACGGAGCUGAUAUUUGUUUGUUGUUUCCUCCUCCUCCAUUAUUGCCGGCGCACUUCCUGCAAAUCCUGUCGUGGGUGACCAUCGGUGCUGACUCGCGAUUUGAGGGCGGAACGGUCCACUCGCCCUCCUCACUCUGUGUUUGGGACAGCCUUUAAUAUGGCGGAGCCUCCGUCCUCCUCCAGGGACGUGCAAACGGAGGGCGAGUGUGUAGGGCGAGUGUGUAGGGGCGGUUUGGGAUUGGGCCUAAGUAAAAAUAGAUGAGUUGGGCGUCACAGUCCCGGUCUGUGAUGAUCUUUAGACUCGAUCUGAUCAAUACACUCUCCGAUCCCCACCGGUUUCCCAGAACCCACCUGACCCUGUCCCUCUGUUUCUGUUUCAGUGUCUCGUGGUCUGCAGAGAUGAUGCACUGGUCCAUGAACACGCUGCCCUUGCCUCCGUACGUGGAGCUGGGCGUCCACUCUCUGAGCGGCCUCCUCUGGACUCUGCUGCUGCUCUUCCUCUGGCACUGUUAUCGGAUGGGCUCCGACCUGCCCAUCCCCGGACACGCGCACGCCGGGAAGCUCAAGUCAGGCUCCAGGCGGUCCAUGAUGUCCCGCGGCGGUAGCUGCGCCGCAACCAAGUGUAGCGCACGGUCCAAGCUGUCAAGGACUGAUCAAAUUGCUCCCUUUAUUUCCAUGGAAACGGAGGACGACGAGGAGCAGGGACAGGCCUACCUCACCCCAGUGCUGAGUCAUGCCUUGUUCCCGGCUCAGGCCUCUGCAGAGGCCAAGAAACUGUACGCAGCUCUGCAGGAGUACGCCAAGCGCUACAGCUGGGUGGGCAUGGGACGCAUUCAUAAGGGUCUGCGUGAACAGGUAAGUCCAAAACCUGGAGCUGGAGCCUGGAAUCACAACUUGUCAGAGUCAGCUGUUCGUCAAAGUUUGGAGUUUUAUAGAAAAUGAAACCAACAGAUCGUACGUAAAAGAAGACAUAACAGCUGAUGAUGAUGAUGAUGAUGAUGAUGAUGAUGGUCGUUGUUCCUCCUCCAGGUCCGACUGAACGAUCACUCCACCAUACAGAAGCCUCAUCUCUUCUUCCUCCCUGAUGUCCCGAGUGUUCCUUUCUUCCCUCGUGACGCUCAUCGCCACGACAUCGAGGUUCUGGAAGCCAACUACCCGGUGAUCUUGUCUGAAUUCAAGGCCGUUUAUCAGCGCGGCAUCGACUCAAAACUGGGCUGGACGUCUCUGGGACCAAAGGUACGAUUUAUAAGAGCAGGAAACUCUUCGGCUGAGUCUAAAUCAUGAUUAUUAAACUGUUUCAAAACGUAAUAAAUCCCACCAAACAUCUUUUUUGGCGUCAAACCUUAAAUUAUAUUAUAUUUACAACACUGCAGUUCACUUCUGUAACUGUACGACUUCAGUUCAGAGACUUUCUUGACUCCGAUCACGUAAACACAUGAAGAGGUACACACAGGUAGACUCUGAUCAGGAUCCAUCUAUCCUAGUUUUCUGUUUCCAUCUCACUGAAGCGAAAACCUUCAUUUAGCUCCAUGGUUCAGGUUUUCACGUGUCAUUGGUCCACCAGUCCAUCCAUGACUGCAGGUCUUCAUCUCUUUCAGGGCCAGGCGGUGUUUCCUCUCUACAGCGCCGGUGUUUGUGUGGCGGGGAACUGUCGCUCCUGUCCCUGCACCUACCGCACACUCCUCUCUCUCCGGACGUUUAUAAGCAGCAACUCGUUGGGAUCUGCUGGAUUUUGGCUGCUGGGGCCCGGGACCACUUUGGGGAGCUCUUAUGGACCCACCAACACACGCCUGCGCUGUCAUCUUGGUGAGUAAAAGGACGGUACAGUGACGUAAGAUAAAACAGGCACCACUACACAGAGGAGAGUUAGCUUUCUGUAAACUCUUCUGAGUCUCGGUCCGUCUGUGAUCACGAGGAUGUUGCACAACAGAACAGCUCAGAGGAGAUCUAACAACUGAACCUCAGCAGCUCUGGACCGCAGGCAGCGUUCAGGUCACAGAACCGGAACAGUAUUUCAAACCCGUGACCCACAGCUGAGGGUUCGUUCAGAUCUUAUAAGGUACAAAUUUAAGGAAGGGAGUCGUCCUUCUCCAGGAAUAACAGACUUGUAUUGAAGCACCAUGUUAAAGGGAUAAUCCGGCGUAAAAUUGAUUUAUUAUAUGUCCUGUUGAUGAAGUUAGGUGCUGUUCUGAGCAUUAUUUGUGGCUAUAGAGUGGCGUUUUGGUUGGGGGCGUGGCUCUCUGUAUUGCUAUCCUGCGGUCGUUACUAAAGUUGGUAUAACUAGAGAAGCAAGCGGUUGACAACAUUCAUCUCUGGAGGCGGGGUCUAACUCGGUGUUACGGUGGGUUUGACCCUAAAUUAAUUUUACGCCGGAAUUUCCCUUUAAAUCCGCAAACUUCACUAAAUAAAGCCAGAAAACUCUGUAAACAGUUUUUGAUGAGGUGAAUAGAUUAACCUGAGAAAUAUGCCUGCACCCGCUGACAUGUAUUAUUGUAUUAUGUAAUGAUAUCAUACUUCAAUAAUCCAAAAAGGGAAAAAAAAAACAAUAAUCACCAUAAAGGCAGCAGCAGUUUGUGGGUCAUGGCUGAGGUUCAGAUCCCCUUUAGCCCAGUUGUGCGGUGCUCCAUCUGGCUUUAAUCCACACACACACACACACACACACACACACACACACACACACACACACACACACACAGGGAUGGAGGACAGGCUCUUCCCAAACUCUAACACAUCGCCUCUGUAGGUCUGCAGACUCCGCCCUCCUGCGAGCUGGUGGUUGGAGGAGAGCCUCAGUGCUGGUCAGAGGGACACUGCCUCCUGGUCGAUGACUCCUUCCUUCACACCGUCUCCCAUAAGGGUCAGUGAAUCAUGUGGUUUUAUCUGAUCAGACCUGUUAGGGGUUCACCUCUGCAUGAGUUUUAGCACGUGGUCAUUUAUUCUCUUUAAUUAGACGGUCGUGAAGCAAAGUGAAGUCCGUUUUUGGGGCUCCUCGUACAGAUCUGUGGUUGGGUUGACUUCACGUGGACAAAUGUUCAGCUGAGGACGAAGGUUUUGAGAAUGACACAAAUAUUAAUUUUCCUAAAGUUGCUGCUUCAGUUUUUCAUGAUGGUCAAAAACAUGAAGUCCAGAAUGUUCUGAGGAGUGAUCAGAUGAGAUGUAAUUAACUGCAGUGUACCUAUUUCUACUGCGUUUCAGCCCAAAAGGAUCAGCUGAGAUCAUCUGAGUGAUUCUCUGGUUAACACGGGUGAGAGUGUUGAUGAGGACAAGAGUGGAGGUCGAUCUGUCAGACUGACGGAGUAAGAAUAACAGAGUGGAGGAUUUAAAAGGAGGGUGGAGCUGAAAUCAUUGUUCUUCCUGCAGUCAUUAUUACUUUAACUUCACAGAAUAAGGAUGUUAGUAAGAUUACACCGAAAACAAUCAAUCAUCAGAUCAUCAGGAACUUCAGGAACAGAGGUUCAAUGAUUGUGAAGAAGGUUUCAGGGUGCCUAAGAAAGUCCAUCAAGAGUCAGAACUGUCUCCUAAAGUGGAUUCAGCUGCAGGAUCGGGGAACCACGAGUACAGAGCUCAGGUGUGAGUGAAUCUGUGAGUACAGAGAGGAGAAGAGAAAGAAGAAACUUCUCUCCAGGAAAAACAUCAGAGACAGACGGAUAAUCUGUAAAAGUUCAGGGACUGGACGGCUGAGGACUGGGGUGAAGUCUUUUUCUCUGAUGAAUCUCCUUUCUGAUUGUUUGUAGAAGAAAAGGUGAGCGCCACCAUCAGCCCUGUGUCAUGACAGCAGUAAAGCAUCCUGAGAUCAUUCAUGUGUGGGGAGUGGACUCACAAAAACAGUCAUGAAUAAAGAACCAAAACAUCCUCAGAGAGCUUCUCCAAACAUCUGAGAUCAGUUUGGUGACGAACAAUGAUGGAGCGCCUCACCAUGAGGAUAAAGUGAUGAAGUGACUAAAAAAAUGGGUCUAUGGGUCUAUGGUCAGGAACCUCCCCAGACCUUAAUCCCACGAAGAACUUGUGGUCAAUCUUAAAGAUGUGGACAAACAAAAACUUUAUGAAAUGUUUGUAAUUAGACUUUAGUGUAACACAGAAACAUCUGACAGAAAGAUCGAAAACCACUGAAGCAGCAGAGUUUGUGAACAUUCAUACUUGUGUCAUUCUCAGAACUUUUGGCCUCGGCUGUAGCUUCAAGGUCUCACAAAGUCUUUGCAGCACUUUUAUUUUGAAAGAAGGGUUUCUACUUCUGUUCAGUGAUCUUACAGUUAUAGUUCAUUUACACACCAGCACAGCAGGAGGUCAAAGUGAAACCUGAAUCAUUAAAACGAUGCUGUGUCCUGAGAUCUGACUGAUCUACUCGGCGCUCCCGUUCUCUCAUAAACCUGCAUCUACUUGGACUUCCUCCUCAGGGCCUUCGGAUGCCGGACCUCGAGUCAUCCUGAGUGUGGAUCUCUGGCAUCCAAACGUGGCUGCAGCCGAGAGACAAGCUCUGGACUUCAUGUUCAGCCCUGACUGCUGAAUCCACUCCUGUGCUCCCACCACCAUACAACACGCAGGGAUGCCUUACUUUAGUCCUGCUCGUUGUGGGUCAUUCAUCUCAUUCCAGUCAAUGAAUCACUGUGUGAAUCUGACCUAAGAGUUACACAAGCCAUCAGCCACACUUUCAGGUGGUGUUGGAUUUAUGGUCUACACCAGCAAGUGCCACAUGGAUGCAGUAUAGAUGAUGUUGUCUGAAAGCACAAGGAUACCGACCCUCUGAGGAGCAGAUCUGCUGUUGUAAAUCUGAUCUCUACAUCCUAUUCUAUGCUCGUCGUGAAUGCUUCCUGCAUGUGAAACCUCUCGGUCCUGAUUCCUGGACUUGCAUGUGCUCAUAUGCCUUCAGGACGGAGAGGCCGGUCCAGUCUCUGUUAUAUUUGAAGUGGAUUAUCGAAGACUCAACCAAAAAUACUGUGAGAAAGUAAACGAUAGUUUAUUUUUGUCCCCAUAAUGGAUGCCAAACUUAUAUCAACUUUUGCACACUGUGGUUAUUCUCUCUGUUUCUUUCUAUAAUCCUCUGUGUGUAACUGUGUGUUUCUAUCAAUAAAUAUCUAUAUAUAUUAACA